AUGUCAAUAACUGAAAUACUAGGGUUUUUUCAUCCUAAGGGCGCCAUUGUCAAUACCAACUUUGGUUAUGAUAACUCAACUGAUACUUUCAAGGUUGUGGUGUUUGAUUGGGAUUAUUAUACAAUAGGAAAUAGACUUACCAGAGUUUUCACCUUAGGUUGUAAUAUUUGGAGGGACGUUCAAAAUUUACCUGUGGAUAUUUUCAUCCAUUGUUGGGAUCAGAAGCAUGGAGUGAAUUUGAGGAGCACUCUUAACUGGUUGGCUUUUGACAAACCAACCGGGCAACCAGUUAUUCUUUCGUUUGAUCUGGGGACUGAAGUGUUCACCCAAUUUUCGCUGCCUCCCGGAUUUGGUAAUGAUGAAUUUCCUUUUGUUGGAGUUUUGAUGGACUCUCUUUGCUUAUCUCCUUGUUGGAGCAGAACCCAUCAGAAAAGAACUGAUGAUUAUGUUAUUUGGCAGAUGAAGGAGUUUGGAGUUGAGAAGUCUUGGACUCAGUUGUUGAAGAUUAACUAG